AUGGAGCGGACCGCGCGCCUCGUGCGACUCGCGCUCGCGGGUCUACCAGAUCCACGGGUUCGAGGAGCGGCCGACGUCGCCGCUGCUGUGGCAAGAUCGGGCGGCGGUUCUGGCCACGAGCUCGCCCACGCCGCGGGAGGAUCGCGCGAGCUCGCCCACGCCGUGGUAAGGAAGGAGAAGAGAGGCGGCAGAGCAAGUCAAGUUGGCGGCGAGGACUACUCAAAGGGAGGUCAAGGAGAGCGCGAGGCGAAGCAGUACCGUCCGGUAGAUGAUGCAAAGGGCGGCCAAGCGGAGGCUGUCGGAUCCAAGGCGAAGGACGUUGCGGACGCGGCCUCCCCCUCGCGGCCUCUCUUCUCACGCAAGGCCCCGACCCUCAUCCCGCUACCUCACCUGCCUCAGGCUCAUCUUCUUCUGCCUCAGUGA